GAACUUCUGCCAAUUCAAUUCUUGUCAACAAUGAUGGCUGGCACUGUGAACAACGUGGUUGUAGGCUCUGCCUACACCAGUGUAGGCUGUAAUCGCACCCCUCAUGCUCUGGAUUGGGGAAAUAACAAUUUGGUUUGUUUUGCUGCUUCGCGUGCUGUGGCUGUGUAUGAUCCAAAGUUCGCUGGCAAUCACGGGAAGAUUUUGCAUACGCUGUAUGAACAUGAAGACCGCGUCAACUGUGUCAGGUGGAUUCAGGAUGGAGAGUUUUCACCAGAAAAGGAAAUUCUUAGUGGGUCUGCAGACAAAACAGUUAUUGUUUGGGCUUACAGCGAAACUUCACAUGAUGUUGGUUGCCAAAGAGUUUCCAAAUUAAUAGGUCUUGAUGCAAGUGUCAAUUCAGUAGAUGGAUUCUACUGGAAAUACAACCAUAAUGUUGCCACAGUUGUUGUAGCAGUAGGCGGAGACCAAAUUUGUGUUUGGCUUCGAGGUGGUCAAGAUGAUGAAUGGAAAUUGCAGCAAAAAUUUUCAACAAAGCCUGUUUUGAUGUUUGAUUGUGUAGUUAAUUUAUUGCAGGGUUGUGAAAUCCCUCUUAUAGCCUGUGCUGGUGAUGAUGGAUCAGUUCAGCUUUUCAACUUUCAGAUAUUAGACAAGGAACUUUCUUGUGUCAGGACAAUGAAGAUUCCUGGUCACGAAGAUUGGGUUCGUGCUUUGGCUUUUACUGCUGAAGAUGGUGGUGAUUUGCUGCUCGCUUCUGCAGCCCAAGACACUCUCAUUCGUGUUUGGAGGAUUUCUCCAGAAAGCAGCAAGGAUAAAUGUGAUGGUGACAAGUUAGCCCUCCAAUCCAAUCAAGGACAGUUCAGCAUCAUUUGUGAAGACGAACUGAAGUUCAAAUGCCAACUUGAAACUGUUUUACAAGGUCAUGAAAAUUGGGUGUAUGGCCUUCACUGGCAGCCAUCCGAGUUGAAGGAUGGGUGUCGUAAAAAUCCUUUGAAAUUAUUGUCCUGUUCUAUGGACAAAACCAUGACAAUCUGGGGUGCGGAUCCAUCCAGCGGCAUUUGGUUUGACCAAGUACGUGUUGGUGAAGUCGGUGGGAACACAUUAGGACUUUACGGGUGUCGCUUUGGCAAUCAAGGCACCUCGAUUUUGGCCCAUGGCUAUCAGGGAGCUCUUCAUCUAUGGCACGACAUUGAGGGCCAAUGGCAACCAGGCGUCGUGUGCAGCGGUCAUUUUGAUUCAGUAGACGAUUUCAUAUGGGACUGCAGCGGUGAUUUUGCUAUUACUGUUAGCAUCGAUCAGACCUCUAGACUGCACGCGCCAUGGAUUCAGGAGUCCAACGAAGAGAUCACAUGGCACGAAUUAAGUCGACCCCAAAUCCACGGUUAUGAUUUAUCUUGCAUCACUUCUCUUGGACGUUUCCGGUUCGCUUCAGGCGCAGAAGAAAAAGUCAUCAGAGUUUUUGAAGCGCCCCAUAAUUUCCUGGAAAAUUUUGCUCGUAUCUGUCACAUCGACGUGCCCCUUCCAGAACAGAGCGCUCCUCAAGGGGCUGCAGUUCCAGCAUUGGGCCUUUCCAAUAAGCCCAUCUACCAAACGGAUGGCCCCACGGUUCCCAAAAAUGCCCAUUCAAAAUCAGAUUUGUACGCUGAAAACCACUUUACUCCAACUCUUCUUAUGGCUCCGCCAACGGAAGAAACUCUCCUUCAAAACACGCUGUGGCCUGAAGUUCAGAAGUUGUACGGUCACGGUUAUGAGCUAUUCAGCCUGGCAGCUGAUCCUCAGUGCCAACUGUUGGUGUCGGCCUCGAAGGCCCAAAAAUCCGAACACGCAUCCAUUAUCAUUUGGGAUACGUCCAAUUGGAGUCUCAUUGGAAAACUGGAAGCCCAUGCCUUAACUGUAUCACAAAUGGCAUUUUCACCUGACGGCCAAAAGCUAGUGUCCGUGUCCCGUGACAGAAAUUGGGCGGUACAUGAAAAAGUGCAAACGGAUGAGGGCAAAUUUACCUUAAAGACGGUGGCAAAAGGUAGCGGUGGAAGUCGGAUCUUGUGGUCAUGCCAUUGGUUUCCUGAUUCACGUUGUUUCGUGACUGGAUCACGUGACAAGCGCGUCAUCGUUUGGGAACCGGUUGCAGAUGAUACUUUGUCGUACAGGAUAAGUGGCCAGCCGCUGGAAUGCGCAGAUUCCGUCACAGCUGUGGCCUGUGGUCCCAGUAUUCUUCCGAACGGGUGUUUUCUGAUUGCCAUCGGUUUGGACAACGGCCAAAUACAGUUUUACAAUUGGACUCCAGCACCAUCAGAUUCCAUUCCACAGUGGGAACUCCUGGCCACCCUGAAUCAAAGUCAAGCGCAUCAUAGGACGGUCAAACGGUUGCGAUUCCGGCCAGUUAAUGAAAACGAUGCUAGCAAGCAGACUCUCCAGCUGGCCUCAUGUGGGGCCGACAACACCUUCAAAAUCUUCAAUCUUGCAUUUUAAAUGAAAACUGAUAAGAAGAUUUUCUUGUAAGUUGUAAGUUCUAAAA